AUGGCGAGGGAUAGCUGUCUGGCUCGUGUAACUGCUGGCGUUGCUGUCGGAGGUGCUAUUGGGGGCGCCGUGGGUGCCGUAUAUGGAACAUAUGAAGCAGUCAGGUAUAAGGUGCCUGGACUUAUGAAGAUCAGGUACAUUGGACAAACCACAAUUGGUAGUGCUGCCAUUUUUGGUCUCUUCCUUGGUGCUGGGAGCUUGAUACAUUGUGGGAAGUCAUAUUGA